AUGAGAGUGGGUAAGCCCGAUGAACCCUGUGCCACCCGGACUCCUCUGGGUUGGUGCCUCCAUGGAAGAGUACCUAAUGCUUACCUACCUAAUUCUGCUGCACGUCACACUUCAUUGUUUGUCUCCAGUGACGUCAUAGAAUCUGAAUGUACUUUGCGAGAGAUCCACGAGGAGGUGCGAAGAUCGUUCUCAAUCGAGUCCAUGGGCGUGUCUGGCAAACCAAGACAGAACUCAGAAGAUUUACGCGCUGUUGAAAUUUUAGAACGAACCUCCACUCUCGUCAAUGAUCAAUGGCAUGUUGGCUUACCUUGGCGGGAUGAGACUUGUACGAUGCCGGACUCGUACCUAACAGCUCUCCGUAGACUAAAAGGAGUCGAACAAAAAUUAAAAAAUAACAAAGAAUAUGCAAAAAGAUACGAAGAACGAAUACGACAUUUAUUUGAAAAUGAUUUCGCAAAAAAACUGAUCAGCUCAAAUGUUACACCGCUGAAAACUUGGUAUUUACCUCAUUUUGGUGUCGAUAACCCGAACAAAAAGAAACUGCGCUUAGUGUUUGACGCCGCGGCCAAAACAAACGGUUUGUCCCUGAAUGAUUACUUAUUGAAAGGGCCCGACCUACUAAUGUCAUUAUUCGGCAUCAUGUUGCGAUUUAGAGAAAAUCGUAUAGCUGUUUCUGGAGAUAUUAAAGAUAUGUUUCUCAAAGUGAAGAUUCGACCAGAAGACCAGGAUGCCUUCCGUUUUUUAUAUAGAGAAGAACCGGAGGGAAAUAUAAACACUUACGUUAUGACGUCAUUAAUUUUUGGUGCUAAUUGUUCGCCAUUUAUAGCUCAGUUUGUAAAAAAUAAAAACGCUCAGCGGUAUGAGUCAUCAAUGCCCGCUGCUGCUUCCGCUAUAUAUAGAAGUCACUAUAUGGACGAUUAUAUAGAUAGUCUACCUAACGAGGAGGCCGCAAUACAAUUAAUUCACAACAUUAUGUUUAUUCACAAGCAAGGCGGGUUCCAGAUGCGGAAUUGGACGAGUAAUAGUAAAAAAAUACUCGCGAGCCUACCUAAAGAUUUAUUGGGCGAAGCAGCUGUUAAAUUUAAUACAGGUCAACUGUAUGAAGGCGAACGCACGCUUGGAUUGAUUUGGCAUCCAAAUGAUGAUACUCUCAGAUUCGACGUGUCUUUCAAGCGGAUACCCGAAACUAUUAUAAACGGAACUCAAAAGCCAACCAAGAGAGAAAUGUUACGCGUGAUUAUGUCCAUUUUUGACGUUUAUGGCAUUCUAGCACCGUUCACCAUAAAUGGAAAAAUUAUGCUACAAGAAAUUUGGAAAUCUAAAAUAAGCUGGGAUGAUUACAUAACCGAAACGGUAUUCCAGAAAUGGUUGAAAUGGAUUUAUCUUCUGGAAUCAUUAAAAGACCUGAGUUUGCCGAGGUACUAUCCGGCUGCUACCAUACGAGUGAAUGAGACGAAUAAUGAAACCCUUCCGCUGUCAUACUCACACAGCACGAUUUCUAGGACUACGGCUACGAAUAAUGCUACGAGCGUAGCACACGCCGAAUCCGCUACGAAUACUGCAUCGCACAGCUACAAUAAUAAUUGUGGAGACGAUUGCAGUGGAGUUUUAACUCGAACUGGCUAUAGAAACUUACAGAUGCAUAUAUUUUGUGAUGCGUCUAACAAAGCAUACUGCGCCGUCGCGUACUGGAGAUGGAUUGACGACGAGUUUAACAUACGCGUAGCAUUCAUUGCGAGCAAAUCUCGAGUUGCAGGAAACAAACCUAUUACCAUCCCACGUUUGGAACUUCAAGCCGCCGUCUUAGCGGCAAGACUAGUGGACUCAGUCACUAGAGAACAUAUUAUAAAGCCUGAGCAACGAAUAUUUUGGAGCGACUCGACGACAGUGCUGCAAUGGAUAAGAAAUGAUGCUCGCGACUAUAAAGUUUAUAAACAAAUGCAAGAAGCUUACCUUUGA